GAAAUAUUUUUGGAAUAUUUUGAUUUUAAGUUGCAUUUUUUUACAUAUUUAAUGUUACGGACACUACAAAAUCUGCCUUCAAAUUUUGAUUUGAAAUUUCCAUUGUUUUCAAUAGCAUAUUUCCUUAUAUUUUUUCAUGGUAAAAGCAAUUUUUUUAUUGUGCAAUAUUGCAUCAUCUUUUAACUAUUGGAAAAUACCAAUAAAACGGCUGAUGCAACAAUAUUUGUGAUGAAUUAUUGCAUCAUCCAAAACAACCGCCUUUCUAAGAAAUACAACAGUCCAGCUGUAAUGAUGGAAUCAGCUAAGAAAAUGGCUUAUUUUGGGUAAUAGUCGGUCAGAUUCCAGCAAGAAGUCCUUUCAAAUGGAAAACACUAAAGGUGUUGGUUCCAGUGAUGCUCUAGAAGAGAGCCGAAAAUCAUCACUGCGAUCCCGGAAACUUGAAAAAAAUGCUGAAAUGAAUGCUGAAAAGAAUGAAGACAUAGAAAAGAAGCAAAAGGAGAAAAACAGGCUGAAAGUCAAGGCAUGGAGAAUGCGUCAGAAAACAGAAAACUCCACAAAAUAUUCUGAAAUCAAAAAGAAAGACACAGAAAGAAAGAAGGAAGCUCGAAUGAAAGUGAAACUCAUGGCCAAUUCAGAUCCUGAAUUAAAAGCCUCCUUAAGAAAGAAAAAAGCUGAAGAAAUGAAAAGAUACAGACAGAGAAAAAAGAUGAAAACAACAUGUUCUUCUGAAGAUCCUGGUGUUAAAAAGAGUAAGAAACCGGCUCUGGAAGAAAAAAAGAAAAAAGCUGUGAAGCGAACACAAGCCUGGAGAAUGCGAAUUAAACUUAAGUCUCCUACAAUUCCAAUUGUUAACACAGUUGAUGAAAAUGACAGUCAUGGAGAAAGCAGACAGAACAAAAGUAACUUAUCCCGUGCAACAGUAUACAGACGAGCGCAAAUGGUGAAAGGCAUUCUGCCUAGGACACCAAAGAAGAAAGCCGCCAUUUUAAAGAAGCUUAUUGAGUCACCUUCAACAUCCAAAGUACUUUCUGACCAAGGAGUAACAAUGACACCAGCUUGUAAGAAGAAACUUGAAGUAGCAGAUGCUAUAGUGAAUUCCUUGAAAGAAAGUAUUUCCGAAGUAAACAUUGGUGUUCGAAAAGACAGAGAAAAGAAACAUGCAUAUGAUGUAAUACGUGAAUCAGUACUAAGGAAAUACAAAAAGAUCACAGUUAGUAAAUAUUUCAAUGUGUCUUACAAGACAAGGAAUAUGAGAAACGAAUGGUGGAAAAAGAAACAGAGAAAAACAAGAUGUGAUGUGAUAAGUGAUCAUGUGAAACAAUCAGUGAAAGAGUUCUACCUGAGUGCUGAAAUUAGCAGAGAGGUGCCAUCCAAACGUGAUGUUGUUAGAAUCAAAACUCAGACUGGUAUGAAAGAAACACUACAGAAACAUGUGAUGACAAUGACACUAGAAGAAGCACACAAGUUAUACAAAACAAGAAACCCCAAUCAUAAAAUAGGACUUACAUCAUUCAGCAAACUAAAACCGGUUAAUGUAUAGAAAGUGUCCGAGACAAGCAGACGGUCAUGCCUGUGCCAGACUUGUUGUAAUGUAGCCCUGAAAGUAGAAGCACUUACAACAUUGAAACGAGUUGUAAAAGAGACUGACAUGACAGAAGACAUUAAGAUUGAUAAGAAGAGUCUGAGUGAUGCAACAAUCUGCAGCUAUGAACAAGAGCCAUCUUUAAAAUGUGUGUCAAGAAAUUGUGAAAAAUGUGGAGUACAAGGCCUUCAAAAGUAUUUGGCGACUAUGGAAGAAAAGAACAGAGAUGGGAUGGUGUCAUGGUAUCAAUGGGAAAGCAUUGAAAUAAAGAAAUAUGACAAAGUAAAGCGCUGCGUUUCUUGUGUGCCCAAAGAAGCUGAUUUCAAAGUGUUUUUGACAGCUUUAGAGAAAGACAUGAUGGUGUACCCAGAGCAUGCAUUUAGAGCAUCCUGGCAACAGAA